AUGAGCCUCACUCUACACAAGGGUGCGACGGCUCUUAGCAGGGCCAAUGGAUGCUCUCUGUUCCGCUGCCAGCCUAUACUUCGACACGGCGUAAGAAGCAUCCAGGUCAAGGCCGCGCCCCGGGGGCAAUCAACCACCGUCAAUGGAGUUGAUUUGCCCAUCUCCAGCACGCCUGACAGCGCUGCCUCUGCCGAUGCCAAGUUCAACGUCGUCGGUACUCCAUACUCGCUACUUUCGGUCUCUCUUUCCGCGUCGCAGAACCUAUACACUCGAAGGGGUACCUUGGUGGGGCUUAGUGGGAAACCAGACAAUGUCAUCUCGACGUUGAGCGUUCUCGAACCGUUCCGAAGGGCAGUCGUCGGGAUCCCUUUCUUAUACCAGAAGAUAUCUUCUCCUACCCCGGUUCAAGCUUUAGUAUCGGUGCAAUCGCCCGCAACGUCGUUCUCGGUAGUCCAUCUGGAUGGGACGGUUGAUUGGAUGGUAGCUCAGAGACGAGCCUUGCUCGCAUGGACCGGUCAUUCGCUAUCUAUCCGACCGAGGAUCAACACAAAUCUGAGCGUGGUGCACUGGGGUAGCUCACAAGUCACCGGCCGAGGACUGCUCGCUCUCGUCGGAAGAGGACAGGUCUACUCGAUAGAGCUGAAGGCAGGAGAACAAUACAUUGCGCAUCCUAGCAAUGUUCUCGCAUACACGAUAUCGACCACGCCGCCGCAGCCAUAUCGUUUCAAGUCGACAUCGCUACGGUUCCAAAUCCCCGGCAUGCAAGUCCCAGAGUUUCUUCUGAAAUCCCGGUACUUGCGGGACCUGACCGCCUCGGACACUUGGAAAACGUCGAUGAGGAUUUUGCACAACGUUCGGACAUGGGCUCGGAGGACGAUCUGGGGUGACAGACUCUUCCUACAAUUUGAUGGCCCAGCGACCCUGCUCGUACAGACUCGUGCCACUCGUGUACGCGAUAUUCUGUCCGACCGAGAAGUCAAUGAAAUAGCCGACACGCCCGCGGGAACCACAUUGAAUGCUGCCAACAAACUCGAAGACAGCGCAUCUGCUGCGCAGAAAAGCGACUAUCAAAAAGCCGCCGAAGAAGCCGUCUCACAAGCCCCGGUUCCGUCGCGAACAGUCGAUGAAUUAACCCAGGAGAUCAAGGGCGUCAGCCAAUCCAUCGCUACUGUCCAAGGCGGUAAAGUUCAAUUUGAAAAGCCAGGGGCCAAAUCCGAGCCUACCAAGAGCCAGUGA